AUAGCGAGAAUUACCUAUAUCAGAUAACAAAAAUCGUGAAACAACCUGCUUAUGUUAGGGCUCUUAUGUUUAUACUUCAGAAUCGUCUCUCGUUAUCUAUUCCACGAGAGAAUACUGAUACGAAAUAAUGUGAACGGUGAUUCAUUUAGUAGUGAUUUUUCAGUUUUGAAGUGAAAAUUUCAAUUUACGAUAAAAAAAUUAUGUCCGUCAACACUCCAGAACAUUGGAGAAUCGUGAGAAUUAUACGAGAAGAUAGUCCAGACGUGCAGAAUCCCCGCGAAGAUGAAUACGAUGAGAAGGAAAAGAUCGAGUAUGUAUUGCAGUAUCUAUCUGAAAAACAACAUCUUUCACGAUAUGAUAAUGACGAAGAAUUGGUAUUCUUUCCCGAGUUGUAUGGAAUAUGCCCAUCGUUUAGGCAUAAUAAUUGUUUGCAUCUGAGAAAAAAUCGAGAGCUGUUGGUAAAAGUCGAAGGUUACAUAAAACGAACAACUAGACCUGAUAAAAGAACUCCCAUAUUAAGUUACAUACACGAAUACAAUUUCGUUGAAAUUUACCUCGAUAAUCUUCAGCUAAAGAAUCCAUUACCAAAAAAGAUAUUCUCGUGUAAGAAUCUAAGAAUACUUUCCCUAAAGGGGAAUCAUCUGAGGUCAUUUCCUGCAGACGUUGGUCGUUUAAAAAACCUAGAAGAACUAUAUUUAUCCAAUAACAAAUUACGAGCCAAUUCGUUGCCUUAUACGUUGACUUUCUGUUACAAACUGCAUACGUUAUUCCUAGAUAAUAAUAAGAUGGUCGCGUUGCCUGGUUUUCUAUUGAAAAUGAAACACUUGUUCACCCUUCGAAGGCAAAGUACGAAGACUUCGUUCCGAAAGAUGUUCAUAAUUCAAAGAGCAACUAGGAUCGAAAAAAUUCAACCACUGGAAGAAAAAUCAGCUGCCACACCCCGUGUUGUUACCAGUUUACAGAAUCUUGCUGCCAAAGUAAUCAUAGCCAGUAAAAUUGAUUAUUUUUCUAUUAAAUAUUUGCCUACGAUGGUUCAAGACGUUGUAUCAAGGUAUUACCCAGAAUGCACAAUAUGUGAGAAUUGCACAUCAACCGAAUUCGAAGACGCUGGUUACUUUGUUAGCACAAGUCGUUACGGAUACCUAGGUAAUUAUUGGUCGGUGUUUCUUCAUCAAGCAUGCAGUAAAAAUUGUGCCGAAGAGUUGCAUAAAGCUUCGUACGAGCAGGAACAAAGCUCGUUAGGUCAACUGAAUGACGAAUAUAAUAAAGUUGUGACCAGUUCGCAAGUUGAAUUGAGACAAACCAAGAAAAAUUACCAAUGUUGCGUGAUAUCUUAAUUUACUCGAGUAGAUGUGUGUGUUUUAUUAGAAUAAUGAUAAGUACUAUUUUGAAUUUUAUAUUGAAUUUUUUUUUUUUUUUAAUUGAUUAUAGGCAAGUAGGUAUUAUAUGAUUUAGAAAUGUGAUAAAUAAACAAAUUCUUAGCUGAAAAACUCAAAGAAAUGAUUUAAAAAUC